AAGGGGCGGCGGCGGCGGCGGCAGGAGCACGGGUGGACGGCCUGAGGUGCUAGCCCGACCGGCCCCUCUGGGAAUAUGGCGACCGGUGGCUACCGGGCCAGCGGCGGCCUCGGCGGCAGCACCACAGACUUCCUGGAGGAGUGGAAGGCGAAGCGCGAGAAGAUGCGCGCCAAGCAGAACCCCCCGGGCUCGGCCGCCCCGGGCGGGGGCAGCAGCGACGCGGCCGGGAAGCCCCCGGUGGGGGCUCUGGCCACCUCGGCGGCCGCAGCGACGAGCGAGCUCAACAACAACCUCCCCGGCGGCUCGGCCGCACCUGCCGCCCCCGGCCCGGGAGGCGUGAACUGCGCCGUCGGCUCCGCAGGACUGAGCCGGGCGGCCCCGGGCCCGCGGCGCGCGGAGGAGGAGUCCCCCGGCCCCUCCGCCGUUCCCGCCGCCCCCGCCGCCGCGGGAGCUCCGCAGCCCCGGGGCGACGAGGAGGAGCCGGACGGCGCCCCGGAGAAGGGCAAGAGCUCGGGCCCCAGUGCCAGGAAAGGCAAGGGGCAGAUCGAGAAGAGGAAGCUGCGGGAGAAGCGGCGCUCCACCGGCGUGGUCAACAUCCCGGCGGCGGAGUGCUUAGAUGAGUAUGAAGACGAUGAAGCAGGACAGAAGGAGCGGAGACGAGAAGAUGCAAUCACACAACAGAACACAAUGCAGAAUGAAGCUGUAAGCUUAGGAGACCCAGGCAGUUCCUAUCUGCCACAGGAACCAUCUAGAACAGUUUCAGGCAGAUACAAAAGUACAGCUGCUGCCUCUGAAGAAGAUGGAUCAAGUCGAUAUCCACGAACAGAUAGGAGUGGGUUCAGUAGAUAUAACAGGGAUGGAAAUGCAUCAGGUAAUCUGCUGUCUAGUAGUGCAUUGGAAAAGAAAAUUGAAGAACUUGAAAAGGAAAUACUAAGAGAAAGGCAAGAAAACCUAAGGCUUGUGAGACUGAUGCAAGAUAAAGAAGAAAUGAUUGGAAAACUCAAGGAAGAAAUUGAUUUGUUAAAUAGAGACCUGGAUGACAUAGAAGAUGAAAAUGAACAACUAAAGCAGGAAAAUAAAACUCUUUUGAAAGUUGUUGGGCAGUUGACAAGGUAGAAGAUCCGAGGCUCAGUGUGGAAAAAAUAUUUUAAAACUACUGAUUGAAUGUUAAUGAUCAAUGCUAGGACUAUACUCCUAUGCUGCAAUACCUUAAAAUAACUAAGUAUGUAUAUUUAUUUCUAAAAAAUGGAUGGAUGUUUAUUUUCAAAAUAUUUCUCUUCUUUAUUACUUUCAGAAUAGUUUCAACUUUUAUUUCAUAAAUAGCGUCUUUCAGUUAUUAAAAUGAUAGGUAAUGCCUCCUUUGGUUUUACGUGGUAUUCAAAUAAUAACAUGGCUUAAAGUCACAACCAUUUGAGUUUGUUUUAUCUAUGAUAGUGCAUUUUUCUCCCUAAAAGAUAUCUGCAUAGUCUUUGUUUACAUGAAUUCAAAUGCUUUUGGGGAGUUACCUUCACAUGCCUUAUUACCAAUGUGUGCAGCCUUUUACUUGGUGAUGACUUAGUUAUCAAGGUAUUUAGUCUACUGUUUGUUCUUUCCACUUAUCUAAGUGAUCUACAGUAAGAGGGUUAGACUAUUUUGUAUAAUGUAAUCUUUUAGAAGGAAAGCUGUUAUAACAAGUCAGUUGAUAGCAUGUUCUAGUUGGCUAAAUGUAAAUUUAAGAAAAUACUUGAAUUUUGCUAUAUAUAGUAAGUAAAAAUUUACUGUUUUGUGUUUGAAUAUUGAAAAAAUUUUAAAUCAUUUUAGCUUCUGAAAUAUUACAAUUGUAAUUCUAGUGUAAAGUGUCUUAUGUAGGUACUACUUUUUUUUUUUAAUUAUCCCAAGGUUUAUUAGUGAACAUGGCAUAUUUAAAAAGUUGUUUAUUCUUCAUGCCUUGAAAAUGUAUACAAUUCCAGUGUGUAAGAACAUCCAUAUUAUUGUAUUCAUUAAAAUCAAAAAAAAUCUUUAUCCAUACUUUAAAUGUUUAUACAUAUGUUAACAAAACCACAUAUAAGCAGACAUAAUACUAAAAUAUUUUGCCUAACUUCUAAGUUGGAGUAUAACACUUUGAUGCAGGUUUUCUCAUGAGGAUAUUCCCCUUCCCACAUACAAAACUGAAACAAUUAUUUUUAAAGAAAUAUACAGACUUUCUCUUAUUAAAUAUUAAUAGUGUUUAGAGUUGUUUCAUAAUUAUAUUUUCACGUUAAGAACCUCCUCCUCUACCUUAAAAUACAUUAACACUGAAAGAUAGGAGCCUCUCAGUUGAAUCUUUUUUUUUUUUUUUUGACAGGCAGAGUUAGAGAGAGAGAGACAGAGAAAAAGGUCUUCCUUUUCCAUUCAUUCAUCCCCCAAAUGGCUGCUAUGGCUGGCACGCUGCGCUGAUCUGAAGCCAGGAGCUUCCUCCUGGUCUCCCAUGCGGCUGCAGGGCCCAAGCACUUGGGCCAUCCUCCACGGCCUUUCUGGGCCACAGCAGAGAGCUGGCCUGGAAGAGGAGCCCCCAGGACAGAACCAGCGCUCCAACCAGGACUAGAACCUGGGGUGCUGGCAUCGCAGGCGGAGGAUUAGCCAAGUGAGCCGCAGCGCCAGCCAUCUCAGUUGAAUCUUAAACAGCAAUACUAGUAACUUUUUAGUCAAUUGUUGUAUCAAAGUGGCUUGGAUAUAGUAAAAUCCAUCUUGGGUACCCUACUAAGUUUUCCCUUCACUUGCCAAGCCCCUUUGUUUAAUCACUGUUAUGAAAAUAGGGAAGGUGAGACAAUUGAGAACAAACGUGAAGGAAAUUAGAAGUAUCACAUGUUGAAUUCUAAGUCUACCUUCACCUGUUAAAUUGGUUUGCCUCCUCCCCGCUUCAGAAGUUCCAGGCUUGGCUGAAUAUCAGAAUCACAUGGGAAACUUAACAAGAAUUCCCUAGCUACAGCUCCUGGAUAGGUUUAGAUUGAGACCCUGUAUGCCAUAAUUUUUCAAACUCAGCAUCUGAUGUUUCUGAUCACAACGUAGUUUUAGAAACAGUGCAGAUCUUGAAAUAGUUUUAGCUACUAGCACUUACUUCAUUUUAGCUUAUUUAAUAUCAUAUGUCCAUAUUAUACUAGGGAUCUUCAAAAAGUUCAUGAAAAAUGUGUAUUAUGAAAAUAAUGUACAUGAAUUUCCCUAAAGUUUAUGGAAAAUGCAUAUUAUAAAAAUAGUAUAUAUGGAUUCGAAAAUCUUCGCACCAAAAUAAAUUUACCUUUUUUUAAAAAGAUUUAUUUUAGGGCUUGCACCAUGGCUCACCUGGUUAAUCCUCCGCCUGCGGUGCCAGCAUCCCAUAUGGGUGUCGAGUUCUAGUCCCAGUUGCUCCUCUUCCAGUCCAGCUCUCUGCUGUGGCCCAGGAAGGAAGUGGAGGAUGGCCCAAGUGCUUGGGCCCCUGCACCUGCAUGGGAGACCAGGAGGAAGCACAUGGCUCCUGGCUUCAGAUCAGCAUAGCUCUGGCCAUGGUGGCCAUUUGGGGGAUGAACCAAUGGAAGGAAGACCUUUAUCUCUGUCUCUCUCUCUCACUGUCUAACUCCAUCUGUCAAAUUAAAAAAAAAAAAAAUUUAUUUUAUUUAUUUGAAAGGCAGAGUUAGAGGGAGAGAGAGAGUUCUUCUAUUCACUGGUUACUCUCCGAAUGGCUUCAGUGGCCUUUGCUGGGCCAAAACCAGGAGCCAGGAACCUCAUCCAGAUCUCCCAUGUGGGUGCAGAGACCAAAACACUUGGGCCAUCUGCUGCUGCUUUCCCUAGGCCAGCAGGGAGCUGGAUCAGAAGUGGAACAGCCAGGAUUCCAACCAGCACCUCUAUGGGAUGCCAGCCUUGCAGGUGGUGGCUUAACCUCUCACACCACAAUGCUGGCCCCUAAACUUGCCUUUUAAUUCCAUUUUUACAUGAACUUUUUCAAGUACCCUUGUAUACUCUGCUCACAAAAAGUUCAGAGUACCAACUUUGGUAUUGUUGCAGAAUUACUGCAAAGAGUGCUUCCUUCUUGGAGACUUUUACGCAGCAUGGGAACAGUGACUUCUGCCCAUAUGUCAGAGUGGUCACCACCUUGGCUGCAAGGUACUCAUCUCCUUUCAGUUACCCUUAGAUACAUCUUUUUGUUGCCUAGUUCCUCACACUUUUUCAAAUCUUCAACUGAAAAAGAGAGCAUUCUUCCCCCAUCUGCUGUUUCAUUCCCCCAGUUCUGCAAGGAGCAAGGGGUAGCGGGAACUCAAAAUCCAGAUCUGCCAUGUGGGUAGCAGGGCUCCAGUUAUUGAGUCAUCACUGCAGCCUUCCCAGUGUUUGCAUCAGCAGGAAGCUGGAAUGGGAGCCAGAGCAGGUAUGUAACCAAGGGACUCCAGAGCAGUACAUGGGCAUCCUACCCACUGGCAUCUGAACUGCUAGGCCAAACACCUGCCCUCUCACUUACACUCUAAGUAUGAAGAUGAUGUCAGUCUCCAACCUUAAAAUAUGUUAGUAUAUUAGUUUCUCAAUAAAAGAAAUACUUUGAGUUUUCCAUUUAAUUCAUACUUAAGAGAACAUUUAUUUCUUUUUUUAAAAUUAUACUAAUUAUUAGUGCUUUUAAAGACUGGUUUAUCAUUUUUCCUUUUAUUCAGUUUUUUUGGGAAUGUUUCCAGCCAUAAGUUUUGGUUUUUUAGCUUGAUGAUACCAGGUGCAAAUACAGGCCUGCAGCUUGGGCAAACCAUCUCACCUCCUCACCUCCUUAAAAUGUGUACUCAUUUCACAGAUUUUUUCCCCUUGACCAUUAAAAAUAAGUAGAAUCUGCUACAGUUUAUUUGUAAAACAUAAAAAGCAUUGACUUUUUUUUAAAGAUAAUUUAAGUGCACGUUUGCUGCCGUAGAAAACUUGGCUAUUAUCAGUGAAGUACAAGUGUUCACAAAAUUACUACUCCUAUUUACAAAUAUUGUUUCCCAUAUCUCCUGGGAAUUUGUUGUAUAAUAAAGCACAUCCAAAAUUCUAGUAUGAGUAUGAGAUUGUUUUGAAAACAGUAACUGUAUUAUUUUUAAAAUGAACAUGACUUACCUUCCUUAUUUCUGAUAGGAAUUAACUUGAAAAUGACUGUAGCCAUUUUUAUUUCAUCUUUCUAGAAUUGUGGGUAACUUUAUUGCACUACAGUACCUUUAUGGAGGAAGGGAAAUGCUUUUGGACAUGUAAUUCUAAAUAAUGUAAGGGAUUUACUGAAUAGUAGUAGAUUAGCAUUUUUACACUUGUUUGAUUAGUUUAAAAUAUAAAAAACUAAGUUUUGAGGAAGUAGUCAUGUAAAGUCAGGUCAUCUUUUUCUUAAUUUAAAAAAUUUUAAAUUGUAAUAGAAGUAACACAUUGUUGAAAUGAGAAACCUACCUCAGGUACAUGUGGUUUAUGCUUUCUGGAUUAAUCUGGAUUUUUGAAAUUUGAAAUUAAAAUCUAAGAGUUUAAGUCUACUAAUAACUUUUGAAAACAGUACAAAUCAGUGUAUUAGAAAUACCCAUGUUUUCAAUACCAUAAGACAACAGCAAAGGCGUUGGAUUUGACCAUUGAUCUGAUGUCCUGGACAGUAUUCUUGAGUACAGUGAUGGCCAUUUUUCUGUUUUGGAGUAGUUUUAUAAUUUUGAGUUUGACUAAUAAGUUCAGACAGUAUUGGCUCUUAUUAAUAACCCUUAAGUCUUAUUUAAUAACCCAGUAUGAAGCCAAACACAACAGGUCUUCAUGGAAGGAAAAAUGUUAAGUGAGGAGGAACUACCAUUUAGAAGUCAGAACUUUAAGUUAGUAUUAAAACAUUCUCAUAUUGUAUCUGAACGAGUUCUAAUUUGUAACAGAACUUGACUUCUUUUAUGUUAGAAAAACAAAGAAAGAACUACACUGUCAUACAUAAAGAACAUCCCAUUGAUGAGAAUUGUAAUUCAUACUAAGAACAAUGUGAUCUUUUAUUGUUCCAUUAAAUUGGAAAAAUAGUACUAAUAAACAAUGAAGUGGAGGGAGGGAGGGUAGGGUGGGAAGUAUCAGUAUGUUCUUAAAACUGUAUAUAUGAAAUACAUGAAAUCUGUUCCCCUUAUAUAAAUUCUAAAAAAGGACUUGAACCAUUACAGAAGAAAAACGAAGCCCACGUUAUUUUUAUUGUACUUAGCUAGAAUAUCAAAGCACAUUAAAUUUAUAGUGUCAAUCAAUAUAGUGUAUAUUGGUAGCACAGAGUCAAAUCUUAGCUAGCAUUUGUCUGGCUAAACUAGGUAGUUCACUCAGAAGUACAUUUUUAUAUUACUAAUCCAGCCAUUACCUUUCAUAUGUAGUUAAUAGGUAGUGUUUAAUUUGCUUCAAUAUAUACUUAAUGAUGAAGUGAAAGAACUGACACAUAUUGGGAAAUAUCUUUUUUAGAUAAUUAGGUAUUUGGAAAAGAACUUUUAUAAGGAAUUUAUAGCAGUUAACAAAGUGAAAGAAUUCAGUGUAUAUCACAUACACCAAACAGUUAAUGGUACUCGAAUAUGAUUUCAGGCUAGUGUUUCUGUGUACAUACUGAUUACUAAUUUGCCAUUAACGUUAUUUAAAGCUACUCUAACCUACAGCUCAUGUGUUGGUAGUUACUCUUGUAAUAAUAGAAUGUUAGUGAUGGUCAUUUGAUGGACAUUGACUAAGUGCCUGUGUUUUAUUUUCCCCUCUGGAUGCAUAAUUGGUAUGUUUCUUUUUUGGUGAUCUUGUUUCUUGAAGCAUUGGGUUAAACUAUUCAGGGAUUUUAUUCUUACGCUAUUUUUCUCCAAAUUUAAGUAGCAGGUGGCUGUUGCUGUUAGCAAAGACUGUAUGAAGGCUACAGCUUACUGUUUUGUUGAAAAAUCAGCUAAUUCAGGUAAUCCAAGUAUUUGUAGAAAAACACCUGGAUAAUUUAUUGAACAUGUUAGUAUUGUUUAGACAGCUUUAAUCCUUCCCACUACAUGGGUGUUCGUUGUGGAAAAGUCAACAUAGAUUCACUUUUAAUAUGCUUUUUAUGUAAAAUACAAUAAAGACUCAGUAAAAAAAAGUAAGUUUUCAUUUAUUUUUCAACACUGGUUAAUUGUAUUUUUCCUUGCUAUAAUACCAGUAAAUCUUUACCAAGAGUUUUACUUUUAUGACUAAAGGAUAAUGCUAAUAUAUUAAUCUAAUUAGCUGUGUGCCUCUUACUGAAACAGUAUGCAGUACUUUAAAGAUCUUUAUUUGGUGUAUUAUUUUAUAAUAAUACAAAUAUAAUGUUAAGAUCUGAAUAUAUUAAUUGGGAGGUUCCUUGAAUAAGUGAGGAAGUGUACAUAUGUUCAAACUGAAAAUUUCUAUUGUCUUUGUUUUAAAGCUACUUGAAUAAUUUCUUAAUUCAAAAUUGGUAUGGUUAUAAACUGAAUCUUACAAUGUUCAAAGAAUUUCAGGUCCUUCAUAGUUUGAUAAAGAUAAGUUAAGUUUCUGGGAAUGUAUAAAUCCAGUCUUUGUUUUUUAGUAAAUGGUUUACAUAACCUUUGGUCUUUGUGUCAUUCUUCGUACACCUGCAGAAGCUAAUCAGUCUUCUUUACUUCGACGCCCCUAAAUUAAUCUUCUCAGUUAUGUCAUACAUGUCUAACAAGUGGACAGGCAUCCUCAGGUCAGUCUGUUUAGAUGUCUCAAGUCCUGAACUAGGAAUAUACGCGACUAGCAAGCCUAUUAAAAACUUCUGCAAGGUCUCAUAAUCUUAAUUGAAACUGGAACCCUUUAUCUUGGACUUCAUCAAAUCUCUUUUUUUUUUUUUCUUCUAGAUUCACUCUGUGCAUGCAUGCACACAUUCUAUCAGCAGCUGCAAACUACCACAUACUUUCGUAAUCUCAUUCCUGCAGUUUUCUCUUCUUCAUCUCCACAAGAACUUACAUUUUAUUUCUGGCCAGCCCUUGGAAAGAAUUCUAUAAUGCUGACCUUCAUGUUAAAGGAAUAGGGCUGGUUAUAAUGUCCUUUACAAUCCUUUCAUUUAUUUUAUUUUAAUCUAACCAGAUAAUGUUAAAAAAGAACCUGGAAAGUAAAACUUUACUCUUAAACCUGGGCCAAAUGCACAAUUUCACACUCACUUUUCACAGACAUUUAUCGCUGAAGCAAAAUGCUUUUAAAUAAAGGAGAAGCCCUACUUUGUCAGAUAGUUGAGUAACAUGAAAAAAAAAAGCAAUUAAGAAAAAUAGGUGAACUUUUACUUUAUGCAUCUGAAAACAAGAGUUUUGCUGCUGUUUUAUUUUUCACAUUACAAGUGGGUUGCAUUAAUCACUGUGUCUUAAUCCGUAUUCAGUUGCUGUCCCUGUUAAGAUGCACUACUAUGGGAUAUAAAGUGCACAAUCUGUGUUAAAGCCCUCUAUCCAAAGAAAUACUUGCAUUCCUUUAAAAUGUGCACAUUUUACUGUGGUUAACCAAAAGUAGAUGAUGUCAUCAGUGGAUGUUUUAGCAUUUCAAGAAGCAAUUUAUUAAGAGCAAUGAAUAGAAUGGGAUUUAGUUUAUUUUUUGUUUUUACAGUGGACAGUAUAUAAACAAAUAUGUCAAAAGUAUACAAAAUCCACAUUUGUAGAAUCUGAAAAAUCACUUUUUGUAAGAAUACAUAAAUUUGAUAGUCCAAGUACUAAGGAAAAAGUAGAGAAUUAUUAGCCUUCCCAAGCAGACUGAAAAUUUCAUGUGUGGAUGCAUCAGGACAACAUUACAACCUGCAAACAAAAUACCAGCCAUGUUCAUAUUCAUUGUAUUUUUUAAUUAAAUCAAAAUAUUGGUGUAAAUUUUAGUGGGGUGAAUAAAUGGACACUUUGGAAAUGCUAAUUGAUGAUCAUUGGAGGCUUAACAGUAUUUUGUAACCCAUUUUAAGAUCAGUACACCUCAGCUUUAGCUAAGCAUAACAAUUCAGUUAGGCAACAAUUGGAACAUAACUUUAAUCCUAAUUUAAUGUAGUGUAAACAUUCAGUAGUUAGUAAUUCAAUAGCCAUAUGUGCUAGGCAGUGUGUUAGGUACUUUAAGCAUUGUUUUAUUUGUGUCAUUAAAAUAUGAGCAACAUAUCUAUUAACAGGGUAAUUUGUCCAAUGUAUAAAGUUAGUCUGGUUACAAAACUUACUGGUUUUUGUGCUAUGACCUAUUUUGGUGACAUAAUCACUGUUGUAUUAAAUGUUUUGCCAGUGGUUCUCAAAAGUGCUACCCACACUAGUAGCAUUGGCUUCAUUUGGGAACUUUUUAGAAACACAAAAUUCUUUGGCUGCACCUAGCACCUGAAUGCAAAACUUUGAGGGUGAGAGCCAAGAAUCUUUUAUUAGGCCCUUCAAGGUAAUUUUGAUGCAGGUCAAGCUUUCAAACCAUUGCAUUGUGUGUUUUUAUUUUUAAGCAAAGAUCUUGGUCUUUUGUUUUGUACAUUGUGUAAGUAAUAGAGUUAUAGAAUGUGAACUUUAAAAAAGGGGGGAGGCUAGUCUUUGUUGUUUACACUGCAAAAGAUUGUAUCAGGAAAAGCCUCAGUGUGCGCAUUGGCAGCUUGACAUAAUGCCAUUAGUUUAGUAUUAUCUCUGGAACUCGAGUGGAUUAUCAAGUCCAAGGGACUGGAAUGAAAUCUUUGUUCUGUGUUAAGAUUUAUCUCAGCUAUUGCCUGAAGGUUUUUGGUAACAAUAACACAUUUUUGUCCAAUUUUAAAACAUGAUUGAAACAAAUAAAUACAUAUUUC